GAGGAAUUUUUCAGCCACAGCUGGAGGAAGCUUUAUCCCUCAUGUAGUGAUUGUGAAUCCUGGAGAGGAUGUUGCGAAUAACAUAUUAUCAUUUUCUAAUAAAUCCCCUCGAGCUCUUUGCAUACUCUCAGCUAUUGGUGCUGUAUCUAUUGUCGACAUUCAGCAACCGGAUUCUUCUGGUCGUUGUUUGAGAUAUGAGGGUCUCUUUGAGAUAAUAACUUUAUCUGGAUCAUAUACCUAUGGUGGCAUCGGUGGUGAUAUGCACCGGAAAAGUCUCACCAUGAGGAUAUCACUAGCUCAACCUGAUGGGAAGAUUUUCGGAGGUGGUGUUGGGGGCUCACUGAUAGCAGCAGGCCCUAUUCAAUUAAUUCUGGGCAGUUUUAAGCAAAACAUCAGUAGUGAAAUUAAAAGACGGCUGUCCCCUGGAUCUUCUGGUGCUGCCGACAUGCCUGGUGAUUCAGAUUCAGUGAGGCUUUCCUUACAGGUUCCUAAAUUGAUAGAAUCUGAACAGAGCUUUCCUUCACCAACAUCUGGACUUAUGCCGACAUCUAAUGGAUUGCCUGAUCAUGUCAUGCCUAGAACAUCUAAUGGAUUAUCUGACAAUGUCACUGCUGCCACAGCUAAUGGUAAUGGGUUGCCAGAUUUCUUUACUCCGAAUCAGAGCAUGCAAUCUACCUCGUUGAAUGGUGCUGGCCUAGACUGUCAGGUCUUGCAGCCCUUUCCAGAUCCAAUGACGUUUGGAGAUAUUAAUAAUCGUGUCUCUCAGAUGUGAUGCUGCGUGAAACAGUCACUUUCAAGCUUGUAUUUCUUCCUUCUUUCUUAUGCUAGGGGUCGUAUUUAUGUGGGGGCUGACUUAGAACUUAGAAGUGGGUUCUUUCUUCUU